CGUUAGGGGAGGAGCACAAUCAGCUUAGCCUGAGGAGAGAGAGGACGACAUGGGACUACGGAGAAGACCGGACUGCGGUGGGAAUCAGCGCCCUUACCGGAUUGUGGGCUGUGCCUUAGGACCAGACAGUGUGUGAAGGCAGCUCGGGUGAUUCCGGCAGCAGGUGCAGUGAUCAGCGGGACCUGACCCUCUGAAGCGCUCCCGGCAGCCCGUCCCUAAGCCAGCAUAGAAGGCGCCGCCCGCAGCUCCGGAGUAGGUGGGGAUCAAGGCGGAGUUCGUCCAGAGAGGCAGCAGAGCGGCCACUACAACAAAGAACUUGGCCGGAGGCGGUCUAAGGGCGGAACAAGGGCGGACCAACCCUGCUGAGCAUCCGUGAGGGGGAGGCCCCCUCAGCGAAGGGACCCUUCCAUUCUUAAAGGCUGCAAUCACCUCGCCACAAGGGCUACACCAGCAGCAGUGGGUCCUGUGUAUCCUGGAGUUCUGGAAAAUAAUAAGAAGGACAUCAUCAAUCAACGGAUCCUCGGGUUGACAAGACAACUUCUGCUGAUACAAUAACAUGGCAAAUAGACUGGUCCCCACCAGGAACACGACUGAUACAAUCAGCCAAGUUAUGCUAGAGUCAUCGCCAUUCACAUGGAGUUACGAUGGGACCAGACGGGAAGAAGUGGAAGGAGCAGUCAGUGAAGAAGAAAAUUGGUUUGGAACAAAUUCAGAAACACCAUCUGAAGACUCUUAUGGUGACAUACAAGAUCACUUUAAACUGUCUCCUGCCGACCAGGGUCGAGAGUCACCCACAUCUCCUGAUACGUCUUUAGGUAGUGCUACUCCAAGUUUGAACACUGAUCUAGGAAAUUUGGAAAAUGAACUUUUUAAAGAUGCUGCUCUUUGUAAGACACAAUUGUCAACGUCGGCUUCCUCAAUGGAUGAGGAUGAACAAGGUGGUGCAAACAAGCCAUUAAGCAGUAAUCUGCGACGGCUGCUUGAGGCUGGCUCUGUCCAAAUCGGAUCAGAAGUCUCUACAAAUGGCAAGGAAGAAUCACAAGGUGUUCAGUUUUCUCCUUCGUCUCACCAUGCGAAGCAACUAAGUGUUCUUGCCAGGAAACUAGCUGAAAAGCAGGAACACAGUGAUCCUUAUGGGAGCAUACCAAUUAACCGGUUUAUUUGGAGCCAGGAUAAAUGGCUAGAAAACGCAAAUAACACAUGUGGCCUGUCCCCAGAUUCUGCAAUCCUUAAACUAAAAGCUGCUGCUAACGCUGUCCUUCAAGACCAAUCCCAAUUGAGGACUGAAGAAACCCUGAGGUUUGAGUCCUUUACUUCACCAUUCAGUUCCCAAUCAGCUAGUUCCACUUUAGCGGCUUUGUCCAAGAAAGUCAGUGAGCGAGGCAUGACAUCAGGGCAAGAGCGUCAUUCUCCAGCUGGCCCAUUCCUUUCCCUGGCGUCUAUGACUUCUUCUGCAGCAUUACUUAAGGAAGUUGCUGCACGUGCUGCUGGUAGUAUGCUAGCGGAGAAAAAAAAGCCCCACAUUUCGGAAGACCCACUGCCAUUGCCUGAAGACAAACGAGAAAAGGGAACCUCAGUGCAAUCCUUGGAACUGCUAUUACUCCCUUCACCAAAAGGAAGAUCUUCUAAAUCUGGAAGCCAAGCUCCGGAAGAAGAAGGAGGGAAGCCUUUCCAGUGCCCCAUCUGUGGAUUAGUCAUUAAACGGAAGAGCUAUUGGAAAAGGCACAUGGUGAUUCACACAGGUUUAAAAAGCCAUCAGUGUCCACUAUGUCCAUUUCGUUGUGCCCGCAAGGACAAUCUGAAAUCACACAUGAAGGUCCAUCAGCACCAGGACAGAGGGGAGACUUUCCAGUGCCAGCUCUGCCCUUUCACCUCUUCUCGCCAUUUCAGCCUGAAACUGCACAUGCGCUGCCAUCAGCACUUCCUUCGGGCCGAAGCCAAGGUGAAAGAAGAACCCAGUGAUACUGAUAUGAAAGAAUCCCCUUUUAAUAAUUCCUUGGGAAGCCAGGACGAGGGGAGUGCUUCACCUGCACACAGCUCCCUGUUUCCAGAAACUCUAAGCCAGAUCAGUUCGGUUGCUAUCAAAGAGGAGCCCAAAGACAAUGACUGCCCCUCCAUGACGCACUUUGCCGACAGACCUAGCAGCAACAGCAGCAUGAAGCUAAAAGACGCCUUGGACUUUGUUACAUGCCCGUCAUCUCUUUUCAGUCAGGAUAUCUCCGUCAAGAUGGCUUCCGAUUUUCUGAUGAAAUUAUCAGCUGCAAAUCAGAAGGAGCCUCUGACUCUUACAGUUAAAGUGAAAGAGGAACCUAUAGAUGGAGAGCUUAACAACUCCAUGUCCCCACAGUCUGGUUACACCUUCAGCCAUGAAUGCAACACACACCUCUCAAGCACGCCAGAUAAAGCCAAGGAAACACAGCCAAACUUGCUGACGCAGGAUAUCUCCAUCAAGGCAGCAUCUGAGCUUCUCAUGAAACUGUCUGCUGAAAGCUGUAAGGACGCACAGACAGUAAAGAUUAAAGAAGAACCCAUGGAGGUUGACAUCCCUGACUCUUCCAUCUCCCCCAGACAAAACAUUGGUUACAGCACUUUAUUAAGGCAAGAAAAAAUUGAGCACUUGCAGAAGAUGCCGGAGUGCAGAGUAAUUCCCGAGGGGAACCUGUUCAGCCAAGACAUCUCUGUGAAGAUGGCUUCAGAACUUCUCUUCAAAUUGUCAGAAAAAGUCGGCAAAGAAAACAAUCAUAACAAGCCAAACAUUAUCAGAACAACCAGCCCGUUUUUUUCAGAAGAGAAAUUUAGACAAUCACCUUUCACCUCAAAAGACCUCCCAAAAAAUGAUACUUCUCCUCAAGGAAGAUCUUCUUUGCCAGAUGCUGAACCUCUUGGGCUAGAUUCCGGCAGUGGCCUAGCUGCCUGGAAACUAAAUGAGCAGCUCUUUCCAUGCGACGUCUGUGGAAAAGUGUUUGGCCGACAGCAGACGUUAUCUCGACAUCUGUUAUUGCACACAGAAGAGAGAAAGUAUAAGUGCCAUUUGUGCCCCUAUGCUGCAAAGUGCCGAGCUAACCUGAACCAACACUUAACCGUCCAUGCGGUGAAGCUGGUGAGCACAGACACGGAAGAUAUUGUCAGUGCAGUUAUUUCCGAAACUGGUGACAAAAAGAAGAAUCCAUAUUACUAUAGCUGUCAUGUCUGUGGCUUUGAAACGGAGCUGAAUGUCCAGUUUGUGAGCCACAUGUCCCUCCACGUAGACAAGGAACAGUGGAUGUAUUCCAUUUGCUGCAGCUUUUGUGAUUUUGUCACCAUGGAGGAAGCUGAUAUGAGGAGCCACAUCAGCAGCAAACACUCAGGAGAUGAAAGAAAGACUCCCACUGAAUCAGUAAGCCCCUCUUCCUCCUCAUUGUCUGCACUUAGCGACUCAGCCAACAGUAAAGAAGACUCGGACACCCCGCUGAGGAGCCAGACUUCAAACAACUUGUUAGUUAUUUCUGUAGGGCCUGGCACCCCAUCUUUUGUUAGCAGUGAAGAGAAGUCAGACAAAGGAUUUGAAUGUGUGUUCUGCAAUUUUGUCUGCAAAACGAAAACAAUGUUUGAACGGCACCUGCAGAUUCACCUGAUCACUCGAAUGUAUGAGUGCGAUGUGUGUCAUAAGUUCAUGAAGACCCCGGAGCAGCUAGUAGAACACAAAAAAUGCCACACAGUCCCUACCGGUGGGCUCAAGUGCCCCUUCUGCAUUUACUCCACUAACCGCCCUGCAGCCAUGGAAUGUCACUUGAAGACGCACUACAAGAUGGAGUACAAGUGCCGGAUCUGCAAGUCAGUUAAGGCAAACCAGCUGGAGCUGGAAGUACACAUCCGUGAGCAUCGGCUCGGGAACCAUUACAAGUGCGAUCAGUGUGGCUACCUCUCAAAGACGGCCAAUAAGCUGAUUGAGCAUGUGCGCGUCCAUACAGGAGAGCGCCCUUUCCACUGUGACCAGUGCAGCUAUAGCUGCAAGCGCAAAGACAAUCUCAAUUUGCACAAGAAACUCAAGCACUCUCCCCGCCAGACCUUCAGCUGCGAGGAGUGCCUGUUUAAGACCACCCACCCUUUUGUCUUCAGCCGUCAUGUCAAGAAGCACCAGAGUGGUGAAUUUUUGGAAGAGGAGAAAAAAAUCCAGACCACAAACCAGAGAGAGGCUACUCCUUUGCUCCCUAUCAAUGACUCUAGAAGCCUCUUGUCACCUCUCUCUGCCAUGUCUGCCUCACAGGCCCUCCAAACUGUGGCCAUCUCUGCUGCUCAAAGCAGUGGCAUGGAGACACAUCUAGCACUUAAAGCCUUUGCAGUAAACGGUAACUUAUCAUGCUUCGAUAGGUACCAGAACUCAGAAUUUGCUCAUCUCAUUCCCUUAACAAUGCUGUUCCCUAAGAACCAUUGUAAUGUCACAUUCCAUCCUCCCAGACCUCAGACGGCACCCCCUGGUGCCACUACACCGAAGCACUCCUUCCUUGCUUACCUUGGACUGACAGAAAGGGCAAAAACUGUUUAAGGGCACCCUUAUUCUGUCUCAGAUACCCGGCAGGUAUACAUUGCUGCAAAAUAUAAGUUUGAAAGGUAUGAAAAUGUGUACUGUAUAUCAAUAGCAAGAUUAGUUAUUGGGCUCUGUGCGUAUACUUAUUGCAUUUACAUUAAGCUGCUUAAUUAAGUAAUCAGAGAGGUAACCUACUGCAUACUUCUACAUAUAAAGCUGCUGGCUCUCUAUGCCUCUGCUUAUGUUGAAGAUGUCUAUAAGGAGCUGCUGUCUGCACUUACAGUGACAGUUCCAUGUGUUUGCUACACUCAUAGGAGUGUAUCUGCCUGAAAGAGAAACGCGUUUCACCCCAACACAUACACAGAGUAUUUAGAGAGUUUCAGCUGUAACAAGAUGCUUAAUGAGUAUAUUUACAUACACUCUGAAUGUCGCCAAAUCCAUAAUAACCAUGGAAAUGUAUACAUUAUGUUUCCAAUCUCUAUACCACUCCACCACAAAUCUCUUGUUAUUUAUGUAAGACAUAUCAUAUUUCCUUUAUUUUUUUUUCAUAACCUUGAUAAAAUAUUAGAACUGCGUGCUACUGCACCAGGUCUACAAUAAUUAUUAAUGUGUUUCAGUAAUGCUAAAGAGAGAAAGAUGUUACAAAGAAUGAUUUGCUAGCACACCUACAUUUUACUUUACCCUGUAUAUAAAGUAAUUGCUCCUGUGGAUUAGGCAUUCAUCAUAUAAUGAAAUAUAUCAAUUACAGGUAAUUUAGUAUUGGGGUUGUCUGGUUGGUCACAGUUCCACACCGUAAGUUUUGCCUUACACUGUUCGUGUUAUUUAUUUGUCAGAGUGGUGUUACUAGGAUUCUCUGUUCAUCUAGUUUCUUUAAAUCAUCUUGAAAGGAUUAAGAGCAUUGGUUCCCCAUGCUCAAUAGAGCCUGCCAUUUUGAGAAUGCAGCAAAUCGGAUCAGUAGGACCAGUGGUGUCACAUGUGGGGUGCAGCCCGCACCCAGGCAUCACCCUUGAAAGGGGUGACACCAAAGUGCCGCCUCUUCUGCAGUGUGAUAUUCACCUGCAGCACUCUCGGCUCCUGUCACACAUGAAGAGUCGGCGCUGCACUCAGCCCAGUCUCCGCGAGACCACGCCGCUUUUGUUAGACCACACCCCUUUGUGGCCGGCCGCAUGGGGGGGAGCAGUGUGGAGGGCGCACCAGUUGUCACUGCACCUGGUAACGCCAGGACCCUGUGACAUCACUUGUCCUGGUGAAUUGAUGCUCCUUAUUGAAUAUUUGUUCACAACAAAAAAUGUCUGCCUUUACUGUCUGGAGACUUACUGAAGGUACACUUUCUAUAUACAUUUAAUUGAGAAAAAAAGCAAAUUAUAAGGAUUAUUUACAGCAUUUAAAUGAAUAUGUAAGAAAAUAUAGGUCAAAUGAAUAAUUCACACAUUCAAGAAAGUACGCCAAAAAGUCUGUGUAUUUUUUUGGCAUAAUCACAUCUUAUUUUCGGUGUUUUUGUUCCUUUAUGCAGUUUUCCAUGAUGCUACAGAUCAUGGCAGGUACAGUAAGAAGCUUGUGUGAGUUAACCCCUUGCUGUCCUGUUGUAUUCCAGGAAAUGAGCUGUGGUAGUUGUGUCUUCCAGCAGCUGCUGACAGAUGUAAACAUGCAGUGCGUCCCGUCUGACAGACAGGGCCGGAUGUGUGACCGGCAGCUCCGCCGGCUGCUUAGGAGUGACUCAGACAUGCUUUUGCAUGAAGUUUUUUAAUCCCCUCACUUAAGGAUCUUCCUGCUGGAAAAACAGGUCAAGGGCUCACUAGGCUGAGCUGAUGAAACAAUGUUUCUACAGCUAUUGUGUUCUGCGACUUGUUUGUACGUACACUUAGCAACCAGCUAUAACUACCUAAUGUGACAGGGCUAAGAAUACAGCACACCUUCUACAUGAUAUUCAGGACUGUCUAUAACAAAGUAUGAGUAAGAAGAGUGAGGAAGGGUUACAUGUAGUAAAUAUGCAGUGGGUACCUUUUUGUACUAAACAGAGUUUUAUCAGUGGAAACAGAUAGGACACCCACUAAGGGUGUAGGAGCUGAGGAGGCAGUUUUGCACAGUGCUUUGUCUUGCACUAUUUCAUGUUUCCCUUUUACAGGAACAAUAUAAUUCCUUUGAUUGAGAUUAUUUAGCUUCUGAUAGCGAGAAGACCAAUGUUACUGACACACUUAGAUGUACAUAUGUCGACAGUUUAUUUGGUAGGUAUCCCCUUUUGUGGAUCAAUGCUUGUGUCAUUUUAAAUCCUUUACAAAAACACAUAUUUAUCUAAGAUCAUUUGAUGGAAUAUAUAUAUAUAUAUGAUGAGAGGUAAUAUGUUAUUUACAGCUAACUCUUGUGAAGAAAUGAAACCCCCCAGAACAGCUGAACGAUAGUUCUGUGUUAUCUCCACCUGAGGUCCUGGGCAGUACGGAAUAUAUACUCUGCUUUCAUCUGCUGAUACCCUUGUGUACACAUCGCUGUCCCUGCUGGGCUCCCCCGGAAUUUCUAUACUUCCAUCAUGUUCCCCUGGCUUCAAGCUCAGUAGAACACACAACCUAACCAUACACAGAAGAUCCUACAAGCGAAGUUCAUUAAAUGGCAUCUCUACUAGCACCCAGAAGUAAAUUCAGUGAUUGUGGGCCUUAUUAAGAUAUUGAUACAGCCGCUGCAUUCGCACAAACGGAUGCAUUUGAGCCAUCUGCGUACGCUCAGCUGCUACAGUUCAAAUCAUUAUGCGAUCGCAUCGCGGAAGGAUGCAAUCCCAUCAUGAUUGACUGGCAGCGGGCAUCCAGGGACGGCGCUGUGGUGUUGGGGGAGGUGGGUGCACCAAGAAACGCAAGCAUGUCAGGGCCGUUUUUUUGGGUCGGACGAUGACAUCACCUCCAUUUUACUGCGAUCGGAAACAUGGUAGCGGUGCCUCUAAUUGAAUUGCGAUCGCGGGGUGGCGCCACACAUGCUGGGUAGCCUUACCCUGUGCUGGGAGGCCCCCAGCAUGUGAUUUUAGUGGUCACAGAUUUAACUAAAAUAGCAAAAUCUGCGACCAGCUCUGAAUAACCCCCAGUACGUUUGCUUCAUCCAGCAACAGUUUAGUUUACAUUGCAUAAUGCCUGUAAUACUGACAAACAAAUCAUUUGUAAUAUUUAAAUGAAAGGGUCCACUUGCAUGCGCUGUAUUGCUCAGCAGGGCUUCACUGUAAGCGUACUCUGAGGGAAUGUGUAAUGCUAAAUCAGUAACGGAUGCGGUUAUGUUACCGGGCUCGGGAACCUGGCGGUAAGCACGCCGACGCUGAGAUCCCAAACGCUAAAAAUGCCGGCAGUCGGAAUGCCGACCCACAGGGUCUGUUCCCACUUUAUUGUCCACGACACCCAUAGAGUGGGAAUAGAACCUGCAUUCUGCUGCCGGGAUCCCAGUAGCCAGCAUAAUAUACCCAACCCUCAGUAACUGCUUGUAGUUCCCAAUCAGACACCUCUGUAGUUAUUGUUCCACAGCUGCAAAAUGCUCAUUACAUUACACAAUUAAUAUCAGUAACUAGUUCUAAACUUCUUUUAAAUGCUAUUAAUUAGUUAUUUUCUGCACUACUGUCCUUAUUAUAAACACAUAAUUUUAUUUUCUUAUUUGCCAUAUUUACAAUGUUUUAUCCCUUCAUAAGAAAAUAUAUGAUCAGUUUUUCACAUUAAGUGUUGACAUAAUGGUGUGAAGCCCAGUAAUAAUGUAAUAAUGUAUAUAUUACAGUAGACUGCAAGUUCUUAUUGGAAGGUGAAAGUAUUUGCACAAGCAAAGCUCGCUCCAUGGGGGUAAUUCCAAGUUGAUCGCAGCAGGAAAUUUUUUAGCAGUUGGGCAAAACCAUGUGCACUGCAGGGGGGGGCAGAUAUAACAUGUGCAGAGAGAGUUAGAUUUGGGUGGGGUGAGUUCAAUCUGCAAUCUAAAUUGCAGUGUAAAAUAAAGCAGCCAGUAUUUACCCUGCACAGAAAUAAAAUAACCCACCCAAAUAUAACUCUCUCUGCACAUGUUAUAUCUGCCCCCCCCUGCAGUGCACAUGGUUUUGCCCAACUGCUAAAAAAUUUCCUGCUGCGAUCAACUUGGAAUUAUCCCCCAUAUGCAGCUCAGUCAGUGUAAGAUACAAUGCUUUGGUAUAAGCUGAACUAGUUUCCCCAAGUCCAUUUAUGUGAAUGAAUUGUCUUACCAUUGCUGGCUAUUGGCUGGGGACGUUGUAAUCGUUCCAGCAUACAUACAGGGUUGCUGUUCCCAUUUUCAUGCUGUACCAUAGUGUGAGCUACUUGCUGUAUUACACCCUUAUUGUCAUAUUUCUUUGCACUGUACUUCAACCCACUUCUUAGACACGGGCCUAAGGUAAAAGAGUUACAUUAAGGUCUGGAUUCAAUUAGGCUUGAUACGUAGCGAGCGAGGAAAAGGGCUUGUUGCCUUGAACUUUUUAUUCCCAGAGCUAUCCAAUUACAAGCCUUUUUCCACAGCUUACACGUGUUAACCCGGGAUAAGUGCCCGGAGCUUAUGGUUAAUACAUACGUGUGACGGCAACAUUAAGGGCAAAGGGCCUAUUUAUGGCAGAUUUCUGUUCAAGCCUCGGGAGUGGAUGAACAGAAAUUUGCAUUCAGGGGGUUAUUCAGAGAUACGCAGCAAGAUCUGCAUCCAUCUCCUCACAUGUUGGAGGACGCCCAGCAUGUGUGGCACCGCCUCACACUGUGCGGACACUUCACAUUAAGGUUGACCCCUGCCAGCGCAGCCUGGCUGCACUGUCAGGCGGUCCGCCGCCAUUUUUUUAAUCAUAGCGGCUGCAUGUUACGUCACACAGCUGCACUAGAAAUGCUCCCAGCAUGCCCCCACUUUGCUCGCCACACCCGCGAAGCGCUGCAUUGCUGCCCACCCAACUCCCGCUGCUGUCAAUCAUGUUGCGGACGCAUCCUUCGGGAUUGUGCCCGCAAUGUGAAUGGCUGUGCAGGCGUAAUGCUGCAUGUGCGCACUUUGCCAAUGUACAGCAAACUGAGAUGCGGCUGCAUUAGCAGCCAACUCUGAAUUAGUCCCUAAGUGCAGAAUGUGGUCUCAUUGCAGGCUGCAAUUGAAUAGCCCCCGGCACUGAUUCAAGGCUAAUUAAAUCUGGCCCUAUGUCAUAUUUGUUUAAUUAAAAAUGACACUGCUGGGAUUCUCAAAAAGUUGCUCAUGCAGAUUAUCACAGGUGUUUUGCUGCUGUGUUCCACACAAUUGCCACAGACUUGUUCCAAAUGGUCAAAUAUAUGGUUUGAUUUGCCUGUUAGGGUCUUUGGGAAUAAUUUACUGGAAAUUUAGGCCAUCUACAGUUCUUAAAUGAAAAGGUGUGACAUCUCCAAAGGAAAUCGUUUUUUUAUUUUGUGUCGGUGUUCACAACCCUGUCACUAGGCUCAGACAGCCCACUGAGAAUGCCAUAAUGGACAGUUCAGCUUACAUAGCUCUGGCUACUCUUUGCAUGGCGCAAAUUGUGUUCACAUAAAGGUUUGAGACGAAAUAUGAUGCAAAAUAUUAGAUUAACGCCUUUUCCAUAAACUUUAUUUACUUUCAUUUAACCAACCAGCUGCUUUAUAAGGGUAUUGUCUAUUUAUCUUCUCAUUACUAUUAUGCCGUCAGAUGAGCUCACUUGCUGGUAGAAUUCAUUGUUAUAUGCAGUAGUACUUGCAGUACACUUGGUGCGAUGACACUUGGAGAACUAUCAUUGUCAGAAAACUGAGCAAGAGUCCACGUGUCUUGCACUGGGCGGUUAUCUCUCAGGCACCAAUUCAUCCUUGUUUGGACUGACACAGAGGGACGUUGUGAAUUACAAAUAUAAACUUUGCUACAUCCCACAGGAAACUGGGCUUGAACGAGACAAGCUAAUCACAAGGCACUUUGAUACAUUAUAACAAAGGGACUCAACAUUAAUUUAACAAACUUACUAAGAAAUAUUUAUCAGUUAUCAUAAAGGUAAGCUAAAUACCCCUCUAGCAGUACCGAGGUACAUGACCUCUGUAAAUGAUGCUAUAAGCAUGGUUAUAAAUUAAAUGUGGCAGCGUAUCUUGCACUUUACUGCUAGCUGAGGCAGCAACGGUUGCAUAACAUUUGUUAGUAUCGAGACGUAACCUUAAAAAAGAUUUUUGUUUUCUAAAAAGUAGUACUUUUGGGUAUUUUAUUAAAAUAUACUUUUGUUUUCUGUUAAACAGAUCAGAAAGCCUGAAAAUACCUUGAUGAUGAUAUUAUGUAUGUUGAUCAAAAGUGCAUUGUAAUGUAUAAUGAUCUGAGACUUUUCUCCCCAUCUGAUAAAAGAAACACUUUGGUGUACAUGAAUGCUUUCCUAUAUCAUGUUAUUGCUAUUCACAGCACUGUGUUCUUCAUUUUAUUUCUGCUCACCUUUGAGCAUGGAAGAGACUGAGUGUAUUAAAUAUGUUUUUUGUUGUUUUUUUUUCUUUUGUUUUUUUUGGGGAGAAUGUUACCUAAUAGGUAUAAAGACAGCAAAUAUGUUUACAAUUAAAGCUUUCAGUUUUCUGUA